CAGAAUUCACAUGAAUUCACAUGAAACUUAAUAGCAGUUAAGCAGGAUGUUAGUAAAAUAGAAACUUGUUUAAUUGAACAACAAAUGGAAUUAACAAUAAAUCGUGAUUUAUACGGAUUUUCAUGCACUUAAGGUUGGCCGUUUUUGCUAUUCUGGCGGGCCUUAAACAUAGCGGGAAUGAUGGAACUUCCGGCGAUCCUGAUUGCCUUGCAGAAACUGCUCGGUACAACGAAUCCGGGUGGAGUAACAUAGUCGGUCGUGGCAUUAAAACCAUUGUGGUGUCAAAGGUAAUCAUAACUCAGAGCAACUGACCAAAUGCAAGAUGCGUUGUGUGUAAACAAUAAUGAAUACUAUACGGAUAGUUCUAGCUACUCUUGGGUUGAUUAUCAUUUUGAUAAUUUAUUUUUGUUUAUUUUUGAUCACUGUCAAUUUUACCCCAUCAAGAAACAGUAACAUUAAAAAUGAGGAUUGUUGCAUUGAUGCAAUUAUAAAAAGUGAUAUUUCAUUAUGUAACAAAAGCUUAGAAAUACAUUCGGUGACGGAAGCCGUUGAUUGCUUUCAAGCAUUUAUGUUCACAAAGAUGAACAUAACAUGGAGGAAAUUGGAACACAAGUACAGCACAACAAAAAAAUGUACAUUUAACGGAACAUAUGAAAAAUGUCCAUGGAUAUGCAAUAACUGUACCUUUGUUACAAUGAAAAAUAUAAUGGGACGUACUGGCAAUCAAAUGUUCCAGGUUGCUUCGUUAUUAGGAAUUGCACAAAAACGUGGACUUAUCCCGAUUAUACCAUCUACAAUUCCAAUAAAUAAAUGGUUUAACUUGCCAACUUCAAUUGAGGUUUCAAAAUAUAUUCACCAAUCUGAAAUGAAGGAACAAGGUUUUGGGAAGUAUCUUAAUGAAAUUGAAGAUAUCGACGACAAUAUGAACUGGACUAUUUCAGGCUACUUACAAUCAUUUCGUUAUUUUAAUUCUUCAGACGAUAUAAUUCACGAAUUGUUUACGAUGAAGUUUGAAAGACGAAAGCGUGCGGAAGAUCUAUUACGGUCAAUUUCACCAUACGACGAAGUUGUAUGUAUGCAUGUACGAAGAGGAGAUCUAUUAAAGAAGAAACACAUCAACCUUGGGUACAACCCAAUUGAUUAUACGUUCAUAAAUGUUUCCAUGAACUAUUUUCUACAUACAUUUAAAAAUAUCACCUUUGUUAUUUUGUCCGACGAUAUGUCGUGGUGUAAGGAAUCUAUUAAAGGUGAGAACGUUGUUUUCAGCCCAUUUAAGGAAGCGAUAGACGAUUUUGCAUUAUUGAUGUCGUGCAAAAAUGUUGUUAUAACUUCUGGAACAUUUGGUUGGUGGGGAGCUUAUUUAUCUGGUGGAAAGGUUGUUUAUCACAAUGGAUUUCCGGCUAAAGGCAGCUGGUUGGACCAUAGAAUAAAAAGAGACGAUUAUUAUUUAACGGAAUGGACUGGUCUUGGCGAAGAUUAAACCAUUUGAAACUGAUCAAUGAAAUACCACUCAUUUUGGGUCGAAGACACAUUUCUGUUCGAGGAAUCAUAUUUAAAAUACCCCUGAUUACAAAAAAACUGUAAACCAUGUAUAUUUACAGUUUCAUAUAUCCAGUGUUUGCAUCUUUUUUUUAUUCUUUGUAAUGUUGUUUAUUAGUAUUUGUUUUCGAUUUCAAACGCAGUGGGAUAUACAAAGGCCUUUCAUCACAUGGUUUAAUUGCUCUAAAAUAUCUUAUAAAUAAUAUUGUUGUGCACUCGAUGCGGUUUGUGUAUGGCGAAAUCCUCUAAGUGAAUAACCCUGUUGUUCAAAUAUGAUUUUGACAUAUUUCACCAGAAUAUAUCAAAUACAUAUAAAAAAGAGGAUAACUAUUUUUUUCCAUAUUGACAUCGGUACAGUUUUUAGUGUAUUAAUGUGCCAAAAAAAGAAUAUCUCAAUACAAAUGUAUUCGAUACAAUUUUAACAAUUAUUCCGCAAGUCACAGGUCACAGCACAAGAUCACGUGUGUGUAAACAAUCGCCACGCUCAAUGGAUUUUAUUUAUACUGGUAUUAAAAAACAAGUGUUUAAAAUUCAGACCACAGAGAUAAUGCACAUUUGUUGUAGUUUAGAUGGUGUCAAUCACUACAGUAAUCAUAUCAGCUGUAGUUGCAUUCUGCACUUUUUCAGCAGUAACGGGUGGGGUAAGUGUACAUGAAAAUUGUAGGGACGAUUUCCUUUAUUAAUAUGCAGAGUGAUGGAACCUUCUUGGUAAGUGAUGGUUUUUUUGCGGACUAUUAAUGAGAUUUUGUAGCACUGUUUGUACUUUCCUUCAGAAUAGAAAAGAAUUCUGUGUUUGCGGUCAACUGACUGUAGAUAAAUAUCCGAGUAAAGCAAAAUUAACACGGCACCUUGUUUUCCAUUUGUAUGCAAGCGGUAGUGCGAUGCA